CAUAACUGGAAAGUAAUGGCAAGCAAGACUUCAGAGCUGAGCUGUCUUGAUAUUUUUAUCCAGUGUGUGGGGUGUUACACAUGCAUCACAGCUAUAAUAGAACUAUCACAUGGAUCAUUUGAAAAACAAGAUAGAGAUGUUUUAAAAGCUUCUGUGCUAGAUUUCUUAAUCAGAUGCUGCGUUAUUGGGCAUUUGACAACUAAAGUCAGAAUCCAGGAAAUGGAAGAUAAGGUGACUAGUCCAGAGAAAGCUGAAGAAGCAAAAUUAAAAGCAAGGUAUCCUCAUCUGGGACAAAAGCCUGGAGGUUCAGAUUUCUUAAGGAAACGACUGCAGAAAGGGCAAAAAUAUUUCGAUUCUGGGGAUUACAACAUGGCUAAAGCAAAAAUGAAGAACAAGCAACUUCCCACUGCAGCUCCAGAUAAGACAGAGGUCACUGGCGACCACAUUCCCACUCCACAGGACCUUCCUCAACGGAAACCAUCCCUUGUUGCUAGCAAGCUGGCUGGCUGAUGAAAGAGCCGAACUGCAUGAAUCUUGUAAUUCCCAUUGUUUCUCCUUCAUAUGUUACUUCUCCGCUUUUUAUUUCCUUUCAUUCACUGAGUCAUUUGAGAGUGACAGCUUUGCAGGUAGCGGUAGUGUGUGCUGCUGUUGUAAGGGAAUAUACACGUGUAGAAGUUUUGAUUAGUUGAACAGUGCACUGAUGAAAACAUGUUAGAGCAACAUUAAGUAAUCUACUUGAAAAUAAUUGUGUAUAUUACCUAACUCCUAGUGUAGGACUGGUUCUAACAAGUAACAAGCAAAUUUUACACUUCUAAUGUUUUGGCUUUCCUUAGUUCAUCUUAAUUACAGCUUUGUAUGUUAUUCUUAUUUAAUAUAACCUCUCUUGUAUUGAUUUCUUCUGUAUUUUCCUUUUGGAUUUUGUAAAACAGAAGUUUAAGACCACAAGUUGGAAGAAAGGUCACAUUUUGAACACAAAUAGUUGGGGCUCCAAAUGAUUUGUGUUUCUGUGCUUGAACUUGAAUGGCCUUAAACCUGUUUCAGCUUUAACAAUAGAAUUUUACUUGGGCAAUAUUUGCCCAUUCUGGUGUAUCUUCUGUGACCCUAGUGCUUAACAGCUGCCGUUGAAGCUAGUAUUCUUAUUCAGUUCUAUAAUGUUAGAAUACCUUUUGUUGUUGAAGAUGUGAAUGAAGUGUGCAUGUGCAUCGACUGUUAAAUUCACUUUUGUGCCAUUUUUGUAAAUACAGUAGUUUUGCACAACCUCUCAUAAACGUCUGUAUUAAUUUCACAUGUUAAAAAGUAGAUGCUGUGCCAACCAGAAGCACAAGAGCUCCUCCACAAAACUCUGUGUGUCAUUAGAGCUUUUGUAUAGUAAGAGUAGUUUACCAUCUUGGGCUUAUAGAAUACCAAACAGAAAUCUUUGUUCAGUCUGCCAUAGACAAGCUUUUUCAUUUGUUACUAAUACCCAUGACAUUCAGUGGCCUUGUGCAAAUAUGAUAUGUUGCUUAGGCAUAUCUUUUGUCCUAUGCAGAACAUUUCGUUUUGACUUUUAUGAAAAUUGCAAUCCAUGUAAUUUAUAUAAACUUUUUUAAUGUAGAAACUUUUUACUUGAGUCAAAUUUUGGGGACACUAGAAUAAAAGGCUUCGAUAUUCUGCCUCCGGUGGCCCCUCCCUCCUUUUUUUCUUGCUUCUUUCACUCAAAUCCUGUUGGGCUGUGCUGUUCAGUCUAUUCAGAAGCAUAGGUGUCUGUAUCCUUACUCUUGAAAUUUGCUCUGCUGAAUGCUGUGUUUUAUAACGAUGUUUUCCUUAUAAUUUCUCAGCUGUUAACUACUCUUAAUCCUGUAUUAUUACUAAUAUUUGACAGUUGUUUAAAUAAAAGGAACUUUAUAAUUAAACAAAUACUUGAGAAGACUGGCCCAGGAACCUAUGUCAGGAUGAGCUGAAUUCUGGUAAAUAAUUUGAAUUAUAAUGAGCUAAGUGAAUUUGCCUGUGACAAUUAAUUUACAUAAUAGGUGGAACAUAGUCAUAUUAAAAUAUUUAGAUAUUUUGCUUCUGUAGAUGUCACUUUAAUAAAAUAUCAAUUUCAUUUUA